AUGGAAGUCCGAUCCAUAGAUUUUACACAAAGUGCUGAGGCUGAUGAAAAUGACACUAGUGUUGAUGGAUUUAUGCUUUUAGGACUAGGGGCAAGACCAGCUCUGCAAAAUCUGAUUUUUGUGUUAUUUUUUGUUGCUUAUAUUGCGACUCUUUUUGGCAACUUUAUGGUAAUUGUCAUAAUCCGCCAGGAUUUUCGCCUUCAAACACCUAUGUACUUCUUUCUAGUUAAUCUUUCUGUCCUGGAAAUCUUAUAUACCACCACAGUUAUCCCAUUUACACUAAGGAUGUUAUUAGAUAAGAACAAGAGAAUAUCAUUUGCUGGUUGCUUUACUCAAAUGUUUAUCUUCAUUAGUUUGGGGGGUUCUGAGUGCAUUCUUCUCGGCACCAUGGCCUAUGACAGAUACGUCGCCAUAUGUCACCCUUUACGGUAUACCACAAUUAUGAAACCAUCAGCCUGUUACUGUCUGGCAAUGAUAUGUUGGAGCACUGGAUUCCUGAAUUCACUUGUCCACACUGUACUGACAGUCAUGUUGCCUUUCUGUCAUGAUCGUAAAAUUAAACAUUAUUUCUGUGAAAUUCCUUCUAUUUUGAAACUUUCCUGUAAGGAUACCAAAGUUAACGAAAUGCUGAUAUUUUUUAUGGGAGGAAGCAUGACAGUUGGUUCUCUGACACUGACCUUAGUGUCGUAUGCAUGUAUUAUUGCUGCAGUGCUGAAGAUCCCAAGCAUAAUAGGCAGACAUAAAGCAUUCUCUACCUGUGCCUCCCAUCUGGUGGUUGUCAGCAUUUUCUUUGGCACUGUGAUCUUCAUCUACAUACUUCCCAACUCACAGUCCUUAUCUGAUCAGAAUCAAGUGAUAUCUGUAGUUUACAGUGUAUUGACACCAUUAUUUAAUCCAAUUAUUUAUAGUUUACGAAACCAUGAGUUUCAAAGGGCAGUGGUCAAAGUUUUACAAAUGUAG